AGUAAGUAAUGAUUCAAAUUUUUGUAAAAACCUUAACCGGAAAAACCAUGACUCUCGAUGUAAAACUAUCAGAUACUGUUGAUGAAGUCAAAGCUAAAAUUUAAGACAAGGAAGGAAUCCCACCUGAUUAAUAAAGACUCAUUUUCGCAGGAAAACAAUUAGAGGAUGGAAGAUCACUUUAAGAUUAUAACAUCUAAAAGGAAUCAACACUUCACUUAGUUUUGAGAUUAAGAGGUGGAAUGUAAAUUUUUGUAAAGAAUCUUAGUGGAAAGACAAUUACUCUUGAUGUUGAGCCAGACUUGACAAUUGAUAUGAUUAAAGGAAAAAUAUAAGAAAAAGAAGGAAUCCCACCUGAUUAAUAGAGACUUAUUUUCGCAGGAAAACAAUUAGAGGAUGGAAGAUCACUUGGAGAUUAUAACAUCUAAAAGGAAUCCACAAUCCACUUAGUAUUGAGAUUGAGAGGAGGUUAUUGAUUGCAAAUUA